AUGUGCAGGGAGCCUGAUAUUCCAGCAUGGGCUCCUUUACUCUACCAGCUCCAGCUGCUGGACUUCAGAGAGAAACUGGACCCGUUAACUUUGCCCGUCGCCGACCGCAUCCGCAUCGGCAACCAGAAACGAGAGCGAGGAAACUUUCAUUUCCAGAGGGAGGAAUACAGCAUGGCUGCCAGAGCCUACAGUAUGGCUCUGGAUGUGCUAACCACGCGCAGCAGAGAUGGUGGCAACGGUGGCGUGAAGACGGAGGAGGAGGAGGUGCGGGACUACCGGGUGAAGUGUUUGAACAACUUGGCCACCGUUCAGAUCAAACUGGAGCAGUACCAGGAGGCGCUGAGCAGCAGCCGGGAAGUCCUGACCCUGGAGCGAAACAACGUCAAGUCCCUGUUCAGAGCGGGAAAGCUUUUGUCAGACAUGGGUGAAUACAAAGAGGCGAUGGAGGUGCUAAAAAGGGCAUUGAAACUGGAGCCAACCACCAAGGCGAUCCACGCAGAGUUAUCUAAGCUGGUCAGAAGGCAGUCAGGAGGCAAGGAUACUCAGGGAUGGAUAUCUAAACCAGCAGCAAUGCUUGGAGAUAACAUCAUACCUUUCCUGAUUCCUUCUAAGAAGAAGCCAUCUGGAAUUUCCUGGAAGUUUAUACUCGGAGGUCUGGUUGUGGCCUUGGGCAGCUUAGUGACAUCGUUGAUUCUGACAGCAAGAAACUGACAUCCUGCACACUUUGCACAUGACGAUGAUGAGGAGGAUAUUCAGUCCUUUUUCCUUUCAAUUCAUCUGAAAAAAGUGUAUACAGUGAUGACACGAAGAAGGUUUGCAACCCAAGUAUUUAUAGUAGGAAAAUGUUUCACUAACAAAUUGUACAGUACAUAUGAAAUGAAAUAUAGUUAAGCAUUGAGAAUAUACCAGCAGAGAUUUCUGCUUAUAUGAAAUACAGAAGCUUUAAACAAGUAGCUUUUCAGUUGUUUCUGCUUUUAUUUGGAGAAGAGAGUACAUUUCUGUAUGAUUGAAGGCGUUGAAACUGCAAUAAUCUUGCUUACACUAAUGCUUAAUAAAAUAUUACGAAUAAUCAACUUUGUCUUCUUCUCUUGUGUAGGAGCCAUUUUAUGGGUGUUGUUGGUGUCUCAGUUUAUUUAAGUUAUAUGUAUAGUGCAAUAUUAUUUUUGAACACUUGGUGGUGGGGUUUAGCUGCACCGGGUGUAUAAAAGGGGUCAUAGGUGACAGGAGAGGACGAGGACACAGGAGGAAGAGCACACCGAUUCCACCAGCCAGACAGGCAGCCCCGAU